UAGUUUUAUUUCUGUAUCUCUUCCAUCAGUAACCUCGGGUUCAGCUUUUUAAAGAUAUUUGUUGUUAUUUUUUAGUAGAUAAACAAACCACCAAUCAUGACUGGUCUUAAAUUUGUUGCGAUUGUAUCAUCUGUUCGAGAAGGGAGGUUGGCAGAACGAAUAAUGAAACUGGUCCAGAAAACAUUUGAUGAAAAGUUAAAGCCCAAUGGACACACCCUAAAAUUCGUUGACCCUAAAGAAUUCGACCUCCCUGUACUGAAGCAAGCCAUUCAUUGGUACCCUGACCAAUCAAAGGCACCCGAAGUUUUGCAUAGGCUCAACGCUAUCACAAAAGAAGCAGACGCAUACUUGAUCCUCACGGCGGAAUACAACAGAACCAUGCCAUCAGGUCUCACUAACACAAUGGACCAUAUUGCUCCUGCAAAUUUCGAGUACAAACCGAGUGGUAUCAUCAGUUAUUCAAUGGGUCCUCAAGGAGGCUGCUUUGCAGUUGCUGCAGCUCGUCCAUUCCUAAGUGAAAUGGGUUGUUUACCCGUCAAGCAUUUCGUGGCUAUUGGAACCGCGCACAAAGAAGUGACUGAAGAGGGUACAACUGAGAAUUCGCAUAUUGUUAGCAGUUUAGGAAAGCUUUUUGCCCAAGUGGAAUGGUGGGGCGUGGCUGCGAAGGAAAGGAGAGAAUUAAAGGGAACACCAAGUUAAAUUACUGGUGCAGAUAUACUAUUAGAAGUUUAACAUUUAAAGGACUCGUCGCAACAAUUUUUCAAAUCAAGCGCUGGCGGAUCUAUUUGUUUACACGUGAAUAUGUAUGUUGAUAGCUAAAUUAAAAGAAAUAUGUUCA